ACUCAGUUCGUUAGUUGCAUGGAUUUUGUGAGCGAGACUUGUUUUUUAUUUGCAGAGGAUUUCAGAGGUACAAUGACUAUAUUCGUAAACACUUGAGCUAUCUAUCAUAGCGUUCACAAGGAUCCACUGUGGUAGAUAGCAGAGAAAUAAAACAACAGCAUGUCAUCGUGUUGGCCAAAGCUGCCGUUAUAUUUGGCUUCACAGCACACAACCAGAACACUUCUCAACAAGAGCACUUGUUCAACGAUCCCCAAUCUGAGACACUACAACUGUGGAAAGAAUCCGUCCAGGAGGAGAGUAGCAAUCACUGGAAUAGGGCUUGUCUCUCCUCUCGGCACAGGGACGACUCUACCUUGGAACCAGCUGAUUAGUGGUGCCAGUGGGAUCGUCGCCCUCGACUCUGAGAUGUAUAAGACAGUCCCCUGUAAAGUGGCAGCCAUGGUGCCCCGAGGAGACGGAGAGGGCCAGUUCAAGGAUGAGAGAUUUGCCACGCGUGGGGAGAUCAACAGUAUGUCACCAGCCACUGUCAUGGCUCUCGGUGCCGCCCAGCUGGCACUGGAGGAUUCUGGGUGGUAUCCCAGCAGCCCUGAGGAGCAGCUGACCACAGGGGUGGCGGUGGGGAUGGGCAUGGUUUCUCUGGACGAGAUCGCCAAGACGUCGGCCAUCUUCCAGGCGAAAGGUUACAGUAAGGUCAGCCCCUUCUUUGUGCCUCGUAUCCUGGUCAACAUGGCUGCCGGUCACAUCAGCAUCAAGCACAAACUGAAAGGUCCCAACCACGCCGUUUCCACCGCCUGCACCACUGGAGCCCAUGCCCUCGGUGAUGCAGCCAGGUUCAUCGCCCACGGAGAUGCCGUCGCCAUGGUAGCGGGUGGGACAGAAGCCUGCGUGGGACCUCUGUCAAUCGCGGGGUUCGCCAGGGCGAGGGCUCUGAGUACCCACUGGAACGACCAGCCCAGGCUGGCAUCGCGGCCCUUCCACCCAGAGAGGGAUGGGUUUGUGAUGGGUGAAGGGUCUGCGGUGGUGCUCCUGGAGGAGUGGGAGCAUGCUGCGGGGAGAGGGGCCAGGGUGUAUGCUGAGGUGCUGGGGUACGGCCUGUCAGGGGACGCCAGCCACAUCACAGCCCCCACUGCUGAUGGAGACGGAGCCUUCAGGUGCAUGUCUGCAGCACUCCGAGACGCCGGUGUGGAGCCAGCCCAUGUGACGUACGUGAACGCACACGCCACCUCUACACCACUAGGUGACGCUGCAGAGAACGCCGCCAUCAAGAGACUGUUCCAGCAGCACGCCGCCGCCCUGGCUGUCUCCUCCACUAAAGGGGCCACGGGGCAUCUCCUGGGGGCUGCCGGGGCCCUGGAGGCAGCCUUCACUGCCCUGGCCUGUUACCACAGCACUUUGCCACCCACCCUCAACCUGGACCGCACCGAUCCAGAGUUUGACCUGAACUAUGUGCCCUGCACAGCACAGCAUUGGAAGACCGAGGGCAGGCGGGUAGCUCUCACAAACUCUUUUGGGUUUGGGGGGACUAACGCGUCACUGUGUCUCGCCAGUGUCUGAAAAGCUUGUCUGAAGGAUUCACUUCUUACUGGUUUUGUAUUGAUUUCACAACAGAUUCUUUAUAGAUACCUAGUAUUUCAGUUUCAAAAUGUUCUCAAUAUUAUAUUGGGACAUGUAAUGUAAACAUCGAUCAUACAAUUCUGAUCGAAGUUUCCAUUUUCAUCAUUCAAAUACAAAUAUGCUGUGUGUACUUGAAUACAGUAGUAUGUUUAUUUAUCACCAGCAGGUGGCACUGUCUCACAUGGAGGCGACACUGGAGAGGCUAUGGGUUAUUACCUUUUAUACAGACGGUUCAGCUCUAGCCCCUUGGCCUUUAUUGUAAUAGAAGGCUGUGCUGGUUGGUCAUAAAGUGUAAUUUCUCAAGAUCCACCAUGAGCAUAAACAUCAGUCACUCA